GGUCAUUCGGGUAUAUAGAAGUCCAGUCCCCUCUGUCCUAAAAAAAAAAAUAAAAAAUUCUAUAACUCCACAUCUUUCAAAACUCAAUUUUGGUUAUUUUUCUGUGACGGAAAGAGUAAAUAUAUAUAUAGAGAGAAGUAUAGAACAAACCAGUCCUUGUUCCUUUGUUCGCAUAUAUACAUAUUCCUCAUAAGUUAAAGAAAUGGAACAAAGUUUGCAUGAUGCUGCAUUCACAGGCGACAUUAAUGCUCUUAAAAAGUUACUUCAAGCAGAUCAAACACUUAUUCAAAAAAUCUGUGUGCAUAGAAGUAUAGAUAAGAAUCCUAUUCACAUUGGUGCGAUGCUAGGCCAUGUCGACUUUGUAAAUGAGAUUCUUCAGGGUUAUCCCCACAACUCUGCUCUCUCUUAUGCUAUGUGUUUAGCUCGAGAUCAAGAUGGCCGAAACCCGGUCCAUCUUGCCGCAAUCUAUGGCCAGAUGAACAUAUUGGAGCUGGUUAUAAAUCAUGACGGGCUGAUGCAAGCCGCUCUGGAGAAGGCAGAUUGCGGUGGAACCAUCCUGCAUUUGUGUGUCAAGUAUAAUCAAGUCAAAGCUCUGUCGUAUCUGUUACAAAUUUUUACCGAUCCACACUUUGUAGGCGUAAAAAAUGAUGAAGGAAUGACCAUUCUACAUCUGGCUUCUUACUAUAACCACAAUCAGAGAAGGGAGGAUGUGAUAAGGAUUAUUAAAGAAAAGGCUCCAGGAAUUGUCAAUAUAAAGUGUGCAACUGAAUUGACCAGAGUUAAAGAAGUUAUACAAAAAUCAUCUCCUACAAAGGACAAAAGGGGAUGGAUAAACUCAAUUUUUUUAACCAGUGACGCUGGAAGGAGGACAAAAGGGGAUCAUUUCCUAGUGAAUUUCGAAGAGAGUAAAAACACAGUAAUAAUUGUGGCAUCCCUCAUCGCAACCAUGGCAUUUGAGGCUAUGAUCAAUCCGCCGGGAGGAUUCUGGCCGGACAGCUCACCGGGCAAAGUAGGAAUUAGUGUGAUGGCACUGACUCAGGCCAGCAACUAUAAAAAUCUGGCUCGGUCCAACUCUGUAGCUUUUGUGGCAUCAUUGACAACAAUUGUAAUGUUACUAGUCCGUGAACGGCCCACUAACAAUACAAAAGCCCAAAUCUUCAACACAAUGAUGCUCCUUCUCUCGGUGGGUGCUAUUAUUAUGUCGGUGGUAUCCAUUUCUGUGUCUUAUGCCACAGCAUAUGUAUCAAUAUCUCCCAAGUCAUUGAGGCAUUAUACAUCUCAUGGCCAGACUGCUAUGAUCGUACUCACGGUUUGGUGUCUUCCGGUGGCUUCCGUCGUCGCCAGCGUGUUACGAUUCUAUUUCUUUAGGACGACCAAGAUUCGGUUCUCGUGUGGGAGGAUUGUUGUUGGGUCAACUAAGAGCAUUGCAAGCAGUACUGAAGCACCUAAUGAGUUGAAUUUGAUGUGUUAAUAAAGCAUAUAAAAUCAUAUACUCCCUCCGUCUCAUAAUUAUUGUCCAGUUUGAGUUUUCAUUUCAAGUUCAAAUUAUACUAAAAGUGAAAUCUCAAAUUGGGUAAUAAUUUUGGGACAGGGAGAGUAUGUUUCUUCCUGUCCAAUUUCCUUUUUAGUGUUUUUUUGUUAUAAAUGGGAUAUUAAUUUUACAAGUUUGUCUUUUCAACUUUAGUCUGGUCAAGUAUUCUGAUGAGUUGCAGCUACAUAUCCAGCUUAACGGAGAAAGAUAGUACUCCAAUGUCAUCUUCCAGAAGCUUAUGAUCAAAAAAAUCCGCCAUUUUUUUUUUCACUUUGCAAGUAAAUAAAGCUGAUGUUGCCCCUAAGACCUCAGUUAGUUCACAAUACACAUUAUUAUGUUAGGCGAUCAACAAAUUUGGGGCUGUAUCUAUAUCUAAUAGUAGCUAAUGUGUUUCAUUAGUCCUUUUAAAUUUUG